UUUGUUUGUUCACAAUUGCCUAGAAAUCCACAGUUCUGUGAUUUUAUAUCCAAACGGUAACGAUGUUCCUUCUGCGCCUACCCGUGCUCCUGUGUGCUGCAGUCGCUGCUUGGUGCCUGCCACAGAUGAACGUCAACGCUAGAGAAAGAAGACAAGUCGAGAACUGCCAACCUCCAGCCAACCUCAGCCUCCUUUUUGAGAGCCUCAACCAGCACCUCAAUGCUUCCUUGUAUCUUCAAAUGUCUGAGCUGGCCGGGAACAUUUCCCACCUGCCCACAGAGCUGAACUACCACCAGGUGUCAGACAGCCAGGUAGCAAACAGGUCGUGUCCAUCUUCUGUGAGUGAUGACCCCAGCGCCCCAGUCUUCUCCCGCUCCAUCUGCCCCUGGUGGUACAACAUAACGGAGCUCCCUGCCGGUCACUUCCCAUCUGUCAUCCCACAGGCUGUCUGCAAGUGCCCGGCAUGUGUCGGCAACGACGUCAACGAGUGUUCCCGAGUGUCCACCAACAUCCGGGUCCUGCAGGAGAUAGGGUGCCAAGAUGGAUUCUACAAGUACAAGCCAAUCUUGAAGACUCAUCACGUGGGUUGCACGUGCACCAAGAAGCGAACCUCCCCGACUACCAACGACUGUGGCGGCUGGGGCUGCACCAGCUAG